GUCCUCCGUCGUCUUAUCACCGACGAGAUCGCCAAGCAAGCGGCCAGUAUGUGGUUGCAGGCGACCAUUGGGGCGGCAGCGGCAACGGCGAUGUUCCCGGUAUGGAUAAUCAAAUACAUGACAGACUUGGAUAACACAUGGCUGGUUGUGCGGGAUCGAUCAUCAGUAGCAGGAGAGGUCUUGGCUUCCGCCAUAAUGGAUUCAAAUUGCGUGGGGAACCGUCCGGUCACCUUAGUCGGCAUCAGCAACGGUGCGCGCGUCAUAUUCAAAUGUUUAGAGAUUUUGUACAGCAAGGGGUACUUCAAUGUCGUUCAAAACGUUGUUCUGCUCGGCGCUCCGAUAGCCGUGACUUUCGACGCGCCUGCCGUAGGAUCUGACCAUAAAAAAUCAUGGCGCAGGGCGCGCGCUGUUGUAGCAGGAAGGUUCAUCAACGGCUACACUAGCAGUGAUUGGGUAUUAGGAUUCCUGUAUCGGUAUAUGGAAUGGGGAGUUAAAGUGGCGGGGCUGAGCGCUGCUCGGGGCAUCUCUGGUGUGGAGAAUAUAGACCUGGGAAAGUUGGUCGAACGGCACGACCACUACCCUGAAUAUUUCACCGAGAUCAUGGCGAAUCUGGACAUUCUCGAGUGA